AAUACUCAGUGAUAUUGUGGGGGAUUGUUGAGUUUCAUCAUCAGGAGAGCGGGUUUAUCUUUGCAAGUGAGGAGAAAGGAGAUAUUUCAGCACCUUGGACAGCAAUCAUGGCUCCUGUGUCGGUGGAAGGGGCGCAGCUCGUGACUGUGCCCGUGGGAGUUGCUGUGAUGAGUGUGUUCGGUCUUGUGUUCACUGUAUCAGCUUUUGCUUGGAUCUGUUGCCAACGUAAAAACACUAAAUCCCAGAAGACCCCUCCCUACAAGUUUGUGCACAUGCUCAAGGGGGUUGACAUCUACCCAGAGAGUCUCAGUGGGAAGAAGAAGUUUGCUUCUCCUGCCUCCACGACAACUGGCGACACCGCUAAGACUGACGUGAAUGGAAACUGCCACACCACUUCACCACUGAUGCCUAACGGAGCUGGCAAACUGGUGUCCAGUACAAAUGGUUCCAGACAGCCUCUGCAUCUGGACUUGGAGAAAAGGGAUCUCAAUGGUAACUUCACCACUAAACCAUUUCACCACCACCAGCAGAAGGUACGAAGCUCACCAGAUCUGGAGCUUCCGUCACCACAUGCAGGCUUCACACAACCUGGUGUGAUGGACCGCCAUGAUGUCCCAUCCCCAACUCGCACUGUUUCAAGCCAGGCCCCAACUUCAGCUGUGGAUCAGUCCCGGGGACAGGAGAGGGAUGGUGGGCUUGGGACCCUCCAUUUCUCUCUGGAGUACCAGUCUGAGAGAAAGGCAUUUAUUGUCCAUAUUAAGGAAGCCCAUGGCCUGACCCCAACUGAUGACCAGUCGCUGACCUCCGACCCUUAUAUCAAGCUGAUCCUCUUGCCAGAGAAAAAGCAUCGGGUGAAGACCAGAGUCCUGAGGAAGACUUUAGAUCCUGCCUUUGAUGAGACAUUCAGCUUCUACGGGAUCCCGCUGUCCCGAGUGUCAGAAAUGGCUCUUCACUUUAUGGUGCUGAGCUUCGAUAGAUUCUCCCGUGAUGAGGUCAUUGGCGAGACACUCGUCCCCUUGUCCGGCAUCGACUUAUCAGAGGGUCGUGUUCUGAUGAGCCGAGAAAUCAUCAAGAGGGAUGUGAAGAAGCCGUCUGGCCACGGCGAGCUCCUGCUGUCGCUGUGUUACCAGUCCGCCACCAAUACCCUGACCGUGGUCGUCCUUAAGGCGCGCCACUUGCCAAAAUCGGACAACAACGGGCCGACAGACCCAUACAUUAAGGUCAACCUGUACCAUGGAAAGAAACGUGUGUGCAAGAAGAAGACCCAUGUGAAAAAGCGCACCCCAAAUCCAGUGUUCAAUGAUCUCAUUGUGUUUGAUCUCCCUUCCGAUGAGGGCUUGAGGAACACCAGUGUGGAGCUUCUGCUGCUGGACUCAGAAACUGGGAACUCGCGCAGCUCCAGCUCUGUCCUUGGGCGCCUAGUGCUGGGAACAUCAGCAGCGGGAACCCCUGGUGAGCACUGGAGGGAGAUCUGUGACCAUCCACGUCGGCAAAUCGCCAAGUGGCAUGCCAUGUCGGAGGAUUAGAAAGGAGGAGGAAUGGCUGGUGGAUGUUGUGUAGCAAACGCGAUGUGGUCUGACUGCAAGAAGGAUGAAAUGGCAAAGGAGUGGGGCUUAAUGGCACACUCGCCAUUUGACUUUUAGGGACAGUGAGGGAGGGCUGGGAUACGCUUGUCAGGAAGGGUCAUUUGAUAUGAUGUCGUAGUCAUCGUCAUCAUCAUCUUCAGUCAAUUAAUGUUUGAAGUUAUUGGGGCUUGGCAGGAAGGCCGGAGCAUGUCUAAGACAACCCGAUAGCUUUAAAUGAUCCCAAAGACUGCCAAUGAAAAUCACCUGGUAACACAAGACAUGGCAACAACAACUGUCACCAAAA